CUCGGCCUUUUUAGGCCAGAAUCGCUUUGUGUGAGCCAAUGAGAAAUCGAAUUUCGUUUUCAUAGUAUCUCGUCACUUCCAUUGGCCCCAUUCCCUCCCCUUUACGCUCUCUUAUUAUCUCCAUUUCAUGCUCUUGGUCUUUUCGGGCCAGAAGUCCCCGAUGCGAGUGGCUGAGAGAUCGAAUCUCGUCCUGGUGGCGUCUCUCCCUUUCAGUCUUCAUAGUCUCAUUUUGGUGGUUUAUAUGUGCGGCCAAAUCAACAAGCUCCGGCUGCCGCUUCACCUCUUGUUCGUUUCCUCACUGGAUUUCCGAGCCUUGAGUUUCUCGUGGAGACAGAUAUGGCAGAGGUUUCGUCGACAUUGGCCGGAUUUGGAACACGGCUUUAGAUUCGGAAGGCGUAGGUGGAGUAUCAGAGAUAAUUUCAUCUUCGCGUGGUUGAUUGGAUUCUAGACUGCGUGGAGAUUUGGCUGUCGACGACAUGCCAGGUCAAGCUCGGUGGAAACAAUACGUUCGAAUUGUGUAAUGCUGAUAAAUUAACGUCUAGAGCUUCCUACAUCGAAAUCCACAACCUUUUGACUGCACAGCUUUAUUUCAUUACAAUAGACCUCUGC